UAUAUCAGCACUGCAGUCCUUGAAAGACUAGGAGACAUCAAGAUUUGUCAGCAUGAUGUCUCGGAGCAUCUCUGGGCUCCUCCGCCUUGGGCUGUCUCAAGUACACAGGGGCAGAGACCAGGUUAUCUUUGUGACAACUGUUUGCAGUCCGGCACUGGCCGGCCUUCACCUGGGGAGAUGCUUCAGUACCAGCCACAGGCUUCAAUGUGUCCCUGCGGGGGGCACAGGAUCUACUGAGAAAGUGAAGUUAAAUUUUAUUAACCGCGAUGGAGAUAAAUUCUCAGUCACCGCUAAAGAAGGAGAAAGCUUGCUGGAGGUGGUGAUGAAUCAAAACAUCGACAUCGAUGGCUUUGGGGCAUGUGAGGGGGCUUUGGCUUGCUCCACUUGCCACCUCAUCUUUGAGGGCAGCACAUUCCAACAACUGGACCCCAUCAGUGACGAGGAGAUAGAUAUGCUGGACCUGGCAUAUGGACUUACCGAGACGUCUCGUCUAGGCUGCCAGGUGCGCGUGAAGAAUUGGAUGGAUGGCCUCACAGUCCAGGUCCCCACAGAUGUGUCAGACAUCAGGAGAGAACUGGAAGUGGAGAAGCAAACCAAGCAAUAAUGGCUGACAUGGUGUU